UCUCCAUGGCGAUCCAUGGAUGCCUCAGACCGAGGCCUUCUACUUAACAAACUUGCUGACUUAGUAGAGAGAGACCGUCUACUACUGGCAACACUUGAGGCUCUGGACUCUGGCAAGGUAUUUCUCAUGGCAUAUUUUGUAGAUCUAAUAGCCACAGUCAAAACCUUGAGAUAUUAUGGUGGCUGGGCAGACAAGAUUCAAGGCAAAACCAUUCCCGUGGAUGGAGAGUAUUUUACUUACACACGCCAUGAACCCAUUGGGGUGUGUGGCCAGAUCAUUCCUUGGAACUUCCCAGUGAUGAUGUUCGCGUGGAAAAUUGCUCCUGCUCUGUGCUGUGGGAAUACUGUAGUCAUCAAACCUGCAGAACAGACCCCAUUAUCAGCCCUGCACAUGGCUGCGCUCAUCAAAGAGGCUGGGUUUCCUCCAGGAGUGGUGAACGUGGUGCCAGGUUAUGGUGAGACAGCAGGCAGCGCCAUUUCCCACCACAUGGAUAUCGACAAAGUAGCCUUCACCGGAUCUACUGAUGUUGGGAAACUCAUUCAGAAGGCUGCGGGUGACAGCAACCUGAAAAGAGUUACACUAGAACUCGGUGGAAAAAACCCAAACAUUGUCUUUGCUGACUGUGACUUAGAGUACGCAGUGGAACAGGCCCACAGUGGCCUGUUCUUUAACCAGGGCCAGUGCUGUCUGGCUGGAUCCAGGGUGUUUGUAGAGGAACCGAUCUAUGAAGAGUUUGUCCACCGCAGUGUGGAGAAGGCCAGAUCUAAAGUCCUGGGGAACCCAUUGCUGCCAGGGGUUGAACAGGGACCACAGAUUGACCAGAAGCAUUUUGAUAAGAUAAUGGAGCUGAUAGAGAGCGGGAAGAGGGAGGGAGCCACGCUGGAGUGUGGGGGAUCCGCAUGGGAUCAGCAGGGACUUUUCAUCCAACCCACCGUCUUCUCAAAUGUCACAGACGACAUGCGCAUCGCUGAAGAAGAGAUUUUUGGUCCAGUGCAACAGAUCAUGUGUUUCCGUGGCACUCAUGAAGUCAUCCACAGAGCCAACGCCACACACUACGGCCUAGCAGCAGGAGUGUUUACUAACGACAUCGACAAAGCUCUCACAGUCUCUUCUGCUUUGCAGGCUGGAAUGGUCUGGGUGAACUGCUACAAUGCCAUGAGUGCUCAGUGUCCUUUUGGUGGCUUCAAGAUGUCUGGGAACGGGAGGGAACUGGGGGAAUAUGCUCUUCAGGAGUACACAGAAGUCAAGGCCGUCACCAUCAAAAUCUCACAAAAGAACUCAUAA